CUGCUCUCCGGUUGGGAUGUGACAGAGGUGCGGCAGACAACCGACCCAGAGCUCAUCCAGGACGAACCGGGAGAAGCAGGACCGUUCCGGGUUGAAUCACCUGUGGCUGCUCUUCUCAAGCUCUUCCUCCUCCACCUGGGUUCAGAAUGGAGGACUCGGAGACAGAGCUGGCAGUGUCGGAGUCGGACGCCUUGGGUGCGGACUUCAUCACGGUGGAGCUGGACACGCAGCCCAUCGAGUAUGUGGUAAAGUGGGCCGAAGUCGGCUCCAAGUUCACCAUCUCCUGCGUGAAGAAGGACUCGGACGACCCGUCGGAUCUGACGGCCGACCAGCUGAAGAUCGAGACGGACGAGGCCUUCUUCGCUCCGUACGAGGAGGUGUACCCCUGUGAGGUGACGGAGCAGAGCGUGGAGAUAAAGACAGACUCUGACGAGGAGGACGAGGACACCGAGGAGGAGCAGGAGGUGCUGGUGGAGGCGGGGAGCAGCCAGCUAGAUGGCGAGGCUGACUCGGACCAGGCCGACUUCGAGCCUGACGACCGGCAGUACCGCUGCAGCUACUGCGGGAAAAGUUACAGCCACGCCUCCAGCCUGUACCGCCACCAGCAGACGCACAUCGGAAAGAGCGCCGGGACACCCCUGCCAACCAAACGGGCGCUGGAGCCAACGCAUCAGGAUGCACGCUACACCUGCCCCCACUGCGGGAUGAGCUUCAAAGGAAGCAGGAUGCUGGGGAGUCACCUGCGACUGCAUGGGAAGCGGCGGAUCCACCCCUGCAACAUCUGCGGGAAGGAGUUCAACCACAGCUCCAGCCUGUCACGCCACCGCCUCAUCCACAAGAAGGGCAAAGGAAUUCCCAAGGACGCCGCUCUGAGCCCCAACGUGGCCGCCCUGCGCCACUCGCUGAAGGCUGGCGGCAAGAACAAGAAGACCAAGAGGCAGCAGCAGAGGCAGCAGCAUGUGGCGGCCGCCAUCAUUCAGAGCCAGGGAGGUGAUAAGUUCUACGCCUGCCCGCAGUGCGACAUGAGCUUCAGGACGUCCACGCAGCUGUCCAAACACCAGGUGACCCACGUCAAAGAGCUGCUGGACAGCUACACGCCCGGUAAGGAGAACCUGGGUGAGACCUCGUCCGACCUCAAGAUCCGACUCAAGCUCUGCUCCCGUGACAAACCUAACUUCUACACCCUUUGUAAAAAGAACCGCCGCCGCCGGGGAGGCCGGGCCGGCAAACGGGGUUCGACUGCCUCUGAGGAGGAGGAGGGAGGUGGUGGGGGGGGAGCAGCAGCCGGUCGCCACAGCUGCAGCCAGUGUGGGAAGCAGUUCAGCCACGCCUCUAGCUUGGCGCGGCACCAGCAGACCCACAGGGUGGGGGAUGGCGUUGGGCGAGGGAAACUGCAGCAGCACCAGAAGCAGCUUCACGCUAACACCGGACUCCCUGCCGCCAAGACCAAGACCUACACCUGCGCCGCCUGCAACAAGACCUUCAUGCACUCGUCCAGCUUCUCCCGCCACAAGAAGGCACACAUGGAGGAGGAGCAGCGGGCCCGCGCCGCCGCCGCCAAGCGCCGGAAGAGAGUCGUCUUAGAUGAAACUGCCCCUCUGGAGUCUGACUCCGAGUGACGUCACCUGGCUCUGGAUUGGGUUUGGACUGCAUCUGAACCUGUUCUGAGUUGGUUCUGAAUCAGCAUUGACUGGUUCUGGACUGGUUUGGAACCAGUUCUGGAAAAGUUCUAAUUUGGAAAAGUUCUGGACCAGUUGGGGACAGGUUCUGGGCUACUUGUGGCUGUUUGGUUGUCCACGUUUGAGAACUGGAACUGGUUGAGUCCUCUCUGGUGUAGAUAGCAGCAGGAUAUCCAUAUAUGGUCACAUGGCGGCGUGAUCUUCACGUAUGGUCGCAUCCAUAUAUGGCCGUAACUGACCUUCAGCUAAUUUGCUCUUCAGGAUGGGAUUAGAUUUAAAGUGUUACCCCUCACCCGCCCCCCUGCCCCCUGCCCCGCCCCCUGCCCCGCCCCCAACCCCCCCACACACACCUGUCCACCACCUGUUAGAACGCUGUUCUCCUGCAUUCUGACCCUCGGUUUCAGGCCACGCCCACCCGCUGCCAGGUUUUCCAUCAGCCCCGGGACCUCUGUCUGCAUGCAGAGCAUCAUGGGAAACUGAGUCUGUACAGAAAAGAUUGACAGCAGCAGUGAAAGCUGCAGAUGGAGCUGAUGCUGGACACUGUGCUGUGAUUGGUCAGAGCUCAGAGCUCAGUGUGGAUCCUGCAGAACCCACUCCAGCCUCAGAGUUCUGACUGCUUCUCCGCUGAAUCCUGAUUUGUUCCGGUUUUUGGUUUUCUUGUUUAUUCACUUGGUCCUCGAUCUUUGGCGAAGUUUAGAGUCAGAAUCAAAAUUCUCUUGAAUUUAACUUUCAGAAAAGUUUCCUGUUGAUCAGCUGUUCUCGCUCUCUCUCUCUCUCUCUGGGAUUUGUUCUCUCAGAUUCUUCUCUGCUUUCCUGAAUAACAACAACAAUCAGCUGAUUCUGAUCCGAUCGAUCCGAUCUGAUCUGGUCCCGUCACAGUUCAGAGCAGUGAUUCCUUCACUCGUCUCCAUGUUUUGUUUCCUUCUCUUCAUUUUUCUCCGGAACGUCCCUGCCCAGUUCGUCCCUCAGUGAUUUCGAUUGGCUGAAGUUCUUAUUGGCACCGCGUUCUGAUUGGUUAACUGUUAUAGCUUUGCUAGUUGAUGGUUUUAAAAGGUUAAAAUGUGAAAUCUGAGCAGGCGAGCCGAUCGUUUGGGGCCGGCGUUCCUCCACAUUAACGUAUGCAUGAAGAUUAUAUUCUGCAGCUAGUCGGCCAUAUUUGUAGUUUUUCAUCUGGGUGUGAUGAUGACCGAUCUGCAGCGUCUAACGUUUGGGUUUCUCAUUUUAGCAGCAGAGUGACGGCGUCGGUGGAGGACGAAGGGGAAACUGCACUACUUAUUUAUGAAUUUGGAACAAUGUUGUAAUAUAUAAAUAUAAAUGGUAUUUAAAUGUGAUUCACAAGUUUAAAAAAAAUAAAAAAAAAUAAAAAAAUAAGAGAGCGUCUAGGUGACCGCGCCUGGCCUAGCUGCCCUCAUUACCGUAGCAACUUCACCGCCACCUUCAUCAUUUAGCAUCGUCGUCAUCAUCAGCAGCAGCACACAGGAAAAGACUCCAGCACUAACAGAUGUCCAGUCUUUCAAAGUUAAAGCCUCCUAAUCAGUUUAUUAAGAAAGACAAAGAAUCUGAUGCGUCUCAGUAGGUGGAAACACAAACCAGCUGUUUCCACAAAGUACAUGAGACUUAAUCUGAGACAUUUGGACAGAAACGUUCAAACAAAGGUUCAGACACUGUCUUGAUCUAAUGAUGUCAGAGAUUUCCAGUACAAACACUGGUUUCCAGUGAAUUAAAUCUGGUUUCAAAAAGUACAGAUGGGACGAUUUACAUUGAAUUUGGACUCAAACCAGCGUCUGUCUGAGAGGACAUUCAUUGCUGAAACAGUUUACCAAAGUCUCUGAGCAGCUGUGUCCUAAAUUCUGGGGCAUUAAGAGCAAACUGUGAGUCAGACGGACGUCCAUCUGAGAGGACAAUUGGACAGAAAGGCUUAAAAAUCUGUUAAUGUCAAAGAUGAGUUUACUAGUCUCGAGGUAACGUCUGGACGUCUCUGUCUGAGGUAACAUUUGGACGUCUCUGUCCAAGGUAACGUCUCUAACGUUUGCAUUUGGACGAAGAUAUUGUGUCGUUGAAAAGACAGUGGUACAUGUUUUUGCUGAUGUGCAACCGGUGUGGACUCACAUGGACGUCUGUCUGACAGGCUAAAGACUUGGAGGAAUCUCAUGUCCCACCACAGAAUAUGUGUCUGUCCAGGUCGGUGCCGGUGCCUGGUAAUGUUGGAGGCUGUUCACAGAUUGGACCAAACAUAAAGGAGCAUCAAGUCCGAUGUCCACAGCUUUUCCUCCCUGAUGGACCAGCUUUCACCAAAAUAAAAGCAUCACCUGUGGACAUCGGUGGGUUAGGCUAACCCUAACCCUAAAGAUCACCCCUCCCCACCCCCCAUCACCCCCCCCCUCCCCUCACAUCACCCUCCCCAUCACCCCCCAACCCCUGAAGCCUGCUGUCCAGUUCCUGUGUCUCGGGCCUUAAAGCUGCCGUUCUCCUGUCCACAGCAGAGUUUCACAUUUAGCUCCAUGUUGUGUUGGCUUGUUUUUGAUUGGUUGGUUUCUCAGCUUCACCUGCAGGUAGGAGGUCGUUCGUCAUUGUAUCGUGUUUGAAUAGAAUAAACCCAGUUGACAUGUUUUGUCUUGCGUUUUGUAAUAAACCUUCA